AACCUAAUGCUCCUGAAUCAGGAUUCCUAGCGAGCGAGAGAGAGAGAGAGAGCCUACUUCGUCGCCCCCAAGCGAUUAGCCUCCCUCACCUGUGCGACCCAAGCCUCUCUACCUUGCUUCAUCAAUGGCGACCGCGACGACUGUGAAGGACGUUUCGCCUCACGAGUUCGUGAAGGCCUACUCGGCUCAUCUCAAGCGAUCCGGCAAGAUGGAGCUGCCGGAGUGGGCAGAUAUUGUAAAGACUGCAAGGUUUAAGGAACUGGCUCCUUAUGACCCUGAUUGGUAUUAUGUGAGAGCUGCCUCCAUGGCAAGGAAGAUCUACCUGAGGGGAGGUCUUGGUGUUGGCUCUUUUAGAAGGAUUUAUGGUGGGAGUCAGAGGAAUGGAAGUCGUCCACCCCAUUUCUGCAAGAGCAGUGGUUCUGUUGCUCGCAACAUUCUACAACAGUUGCAGCAAAUGAACAUUAUUGAUGUUGACCCAAAGGGUGGAAGGAGAAUCACCUCAACUGGUCAGCGGGACCUUGACCAAGUUGCUGGGAGGAUCGUUGUUGCCCCCUGAUCAAUGUAUUCGAGAGAUCUGGUAGAGCAUUGGUCUUACUAUUUUUUAGGUUUCUACUUUUGAAAAAUGUGGCAACUACUGCGAAUGUAUUAAGACAACAUUUUGUCCCAUCUGCCAAGUGUUUUGUUAAGAUAGACGUGGUUGAUGUUUUGGUUUCAAAUUUUGGUGCUUUGACAUACUUUUACUCAAUUAUCUAUAAUUUGAUAUGUUUACUCGAUUAUCUAUAA